AUGGACGAAUUAGGCCUCCCAAGUAGAAUGUUCGCGUCAAGUUGUGAGCCAUCGGGUCGUAAACGUGUUAAUAACUACUUCCACCUCCGGUGGAUCGACAUUGUGCGUCAAGCGUUAGAGGAUGAGCAUUUAGACUUGUUGAAUAACUCACAGUUCUCAAGGAUCUUGCAGAUGGGAGGACAUACCUUCUCUGUGAUGUUCCUCCAUUAUCUUCUUUCCCGUCAGUUGGUGACUGUUAAAAAAUUUGAACUAUGGUGGCUUUAUAUUGGCAAGCCAAUCCGUUAUGCCAUACAAGACUUUGCGCUAGUCACGGGUCUCGAUUGUGGCGAAAGAAGUUCACUUGACGGCGACGCUAACGAAAGAGGUAUUGGCAGAGGGAAAGGAACUCCUAAAGCGAAAACCUUUGUCUCCAUAUGGGAUGAGCUGUUUCGUGGGGAGGAGAAGCCCACAGUUGCUUGGAUUAUGGAUCGACUUGUCAGGGGGAAAAAGUACAAGGACCCGUUGACUCGUUUGCGACUUGCACUGUUGGUUUUGGUAGAAGGUAUUUUGUGUCCUACUUGUGGGACAACAAACAUCAGACCAGAGUUGGUGAGCAAGCUGACCAAUGUAGACGACUUUCUGAAGUAUCCAUGGGGGAGGGAGUCUUUCUUACUAAGUGUGCGGAGUACAAAAUCUCGAACACCUAUGAAUUAUGUUCAGGAGACAAUGGCGAUUCAAGGAUUUUCGCAUGCGAUGGUUUUGGUAACUAUCACUGCUUGUCUCUCGAUUAUCAUUAAGAACUGUGGUGGUGAUCCCCUAUCAGAUUCAGCUCUGUCGACUGUGGAUAUCAUCACGCGUGUUUUAGAGCGGAAGCUCGCAGUGAACCUGGUCACAGCCAAAUCCGUCAAUCAACUAGGCCAGGCUUACGUGCAAUCCUUGGUAUGUACGGAUGUAGAUGGUGAUCUUCUAAAUCAGAGUUUGGGAGACAAGGCAGAUGCUUCUGUUGCCAACAUGGUCUCUUUGAUAGAGGAGGAUUAUCCAUUUGAACAUAACACCUGGUCCGGUGGUGUUAAUGCUGAUGAUGUAAAGCAGAAGAAGGGUCCGCCUCGAACAUCAGAAUCUAGUGAUGACAAUGUUUCCUCCGCAGCGGAGAAGGGUAAUGUGCCACAAGGGGGCGGGGAUAGUGGUAUGCAGAGUGGAGACCGGAGGGGGCAAUCUAGCAGGCAACAGGGGCAUGAACCUCAUACGGGUGAGAACAUCCCGCUAGACAUCCCAACAUUGCUUAGAAGGGCGGCAUAA